AUGUCCAACGGCAGUAAGGACAAUGCAACUCUAUCCACCCCCAAUGAGGAGGUCGAUCCAACCCAAUCGGCCCCGGUGAAAGCCCGCUACGAGGAAGAAAGAAAGAAACGUCUCCGCGACGACGGAAACGCACAGUUCAUUGAAGUGGCAAAGUCAGCCCAGUAUGAGCGUUUCGCCGAUGAUCCGUGGGUUGAUCCAGCAGUAGUCCAACCCCUCCGAGACAAGUUCGUCAAUAACCGAAGCGAAAUACUCAUCAUCGGUGCCGGAUGGGGUGGGAUACAGAAUGCUGUCCGCAUGCUAGACGCUGGAAUACCAGCCGAAGACAUUCGUAUCAUUGACCCGGCUGGUGGAUUUGGUGGCACCUGGUACUGGAAUCGAUAUCCAGGGCUUAUGUGUGACAUUGAGAGCUAUACAUAUCUUCCAUAUCUGGAGGAGACGGGAUACGUACCCAAGCAUCGGUAUUCCCAAGGCGAAGAGAUCCGGGACUAUGCCAAUCUUGUUGCGCAGAAAUGGGGACUGAUAGAUUGUGCCGUUUUCCAAACUCAAGCACAGAAGAUCGUUUGGGAUGAUGAUGCCAAAGAAUGGUCAGUCAAUCUAAUCCAGCAUCGCAAGGGCCAAUAUCCGGAGACUCUCCAGAUUCGCUCCAGGUUUGUUACCAUUGCUGCUGGUGUCCUUAACUGGCCCAAAUUGCCGAACAUCCCGGGGAUUCUGGAUUACCAAGGUGAUAUGUUCCAUUCUGCUCGUUGGGCAUACGAUGUCACUGGUGGGUCUCCAAAAGACCCAGUGCUUUCCAAAUUGAAGGAUAAGCGGGUCGUGAUUAUCGGCACAGGAGCGACGGCAGUACAAAUCGUUCCGCAGCUCGCACAAUGGUGCAAGCACCUCUAUGUCGUACAGCGGACGCCGGCGUCAGUUGACGUUCGUGACCAGCGAGAAACAGAUGAAGAAUGGUUCCAUAAAGAGGUUGCAGGAUCGAAAGGAUGGCAACGGGAGCGAAUGCGGAACUUCCACCAACAUUUCACUCUUGGCGAAAUGCCAGCAGUCAACCUGGUCAACGAUGGAUGGACCCGCGCUCCUGGCUUAGUUGGUUUAACUGGCUAUACAGAGGGGCCUAAAUUACCUGAAGAAAUCCCCGCAUAUAUGGCGAGAUUAGUUGAGAUUGACACUCCCCGUCAACACCGCAUCCAUGCUCGCGUGCAUGAAGAGGUGCAGGAUCCUGCCAUCGCAGAGAAACUAAAGCCCUGGUAUCCUGUAUGGUGUAAACGACCUCUUUUCCACGACGACUACCUCAAGACGUUCAACCAAGACAAUGUGACUCUUGUCGAUACCGAUGGCAAGGGUAUCGACCAGAUGACAGCAGACUCUGUGGUUAUCGGUGACAAGACCUACCAAGCCGAUGUAGUUAUUUUCGCGACAGGCUUCCUCGCACCUCCGGCUGGUACGCCAUCUGAGAAAGCAAACAUGUCAGUCAUAGGCUUGAAUGGAGUCACCAUGAGCGAGGAAUGGCCUCGCUCGGGCCCCACAACGCUGCACGGCGUUAUCGAUGCCAAGUUCCCCAACCUCUUCCUCUCUGGGCCUCAACAGGCGUCUACAAGUGGGAACUAUCGGUUCAACCUGGACGAGUACGCGAAGCACAUAUCGUACAUAUUGACAGAAGCGAAGCGUAGGGCCAAUGGUGCAAAAUUUGUUGUUGCACCGUCCACGGAGGCAGCAGAGGCUUGGGGUAUGCAAGUGAUGAUGCAUUCUGCACCGAUGGGGGUUGCAAUUGGAUGCACACCAGGAUACUUCAAUCUGGAGGGUGACCUUGAUCGUGUGCCGCCCGAGAAGCAGAUGGUCUUAGCGCGAUCCGGUCUUUGGGGCUCGGGAAUCGAGCAUUGGCUUGGAGUUAUUGAAGAUUGGCGAUCUAAAGGUGACAUGAAGGGCAUUUUGGUGCACAUGCAAUAA